ACGAGACAAAAUGCUGCUGCUCAAUGUCAUCAAGUAUGCACUCAUCACACUCAACAUCUUGCCUUACCGAUUCACCUACCGGCGAGUGCUGUUCAUCAUCUACCUGGCAACGCUGGUCACUCACGUGAUGCUGGACGAACCGAGAUUUGCACAGCCAAUUCCCAACGUGACUGUUGCCGUUGGUCGUGACGCCAAUUUGCCGUGUGUCGUUGAACAUCUCGGGACCUACAAGGUUGCGUGGAUCCACAUUGACAGGCAAAUGAUACUGACAAUUCACCGUCACGUGAUUUCCCGGAUCCCCCGCUAUAGCAUCACAUACGACAACGCCAAUACAUGGCUGCUCCAUGUGAGCCAGGCGCAACAGGAUGAUCGUGGUUAUUACAUGUGUCAAGUGAACACGAACCCCAUGAUAAGUCAAGUGGGAUAUCUCCAAGUUGUGGUCCCACCAAAUAUCCUCGACAUCGAGAGCACCCCCUCGUCGGUGGCGGUACGUGAAAAUCAGAGCAUCAACAUGACAUGUCGCGCCGACGGCUUUCCCACGCCCAAAAUCAUCUGGCGCCGGGAGGAUGGUCAAUCGAUCACGGUGGAGCGCAAGAAGAAGGUCAUGGUUUACGACGGGGAGCAAUUGCAGCUCAUUAAAGUGAGCCGAAACGAAAUGGGGGCCUACCUCUGCAUCGCCACCAACGGUGUUCCGCCUUCCGUGUCCAAGAGGAUUAUAUUGGAUGUCGAGUUCUCGCCGAUGAUCUGGGUGCCCAAUCAACUGGUCGGGGCGCCGGCAGGAACGGAUGUCACCAUUGAUUGCCACACGGAAGCCCAUCCACGUGCCAUUAUCUACUGGGUCUACAAUUCUGUAAUGGUGCUGCCCAGCAAAAAGUACCUCAUCGAUUACACGGAGAACUCGUAUCGGGCGCACAUGAAGCUGACAAUCAAGAAUCUCCAGAAUGGUGAUUUUGGCAAUUAUAGAUGCAUAUCGAAGAACUCACUGGGCGAAACUGAGGGAUCAAUACGAGUUUAUGAAAUACCACAACCAUCAUCACCAUCAAAGCAAAUAACACACGUGGUGUCGGCAGAGCCAAAAGAGACGCCCACGCUGCGGAACGAGUCGUCGCGGAUCAUCCAGCCGGAAGUGGUGUUCUCCAUGAGGACGCCGGACAACGGCCAUGGCUCUCCGGGCGCGGCGACCACGGGCGAUCGCAAGGGCACCCUCGCGAUCGGCCAGAGUGUCUUCUACACGGACUUCCCACCCAAGGAGUACGGCCAGUCCUCCAGCGACCACGUGGCGCAGGCCAGCCACGUCCUCAGCCACAUAUCACUCCUCCUGCUCGCGCUCUUGCCGCCGCGGAUACUCUUCCGUCAGUGUUGAGGCCGCGUCGUUUUCUGCACAUAUGGAUUAACUUAGGAGCCAAUCAGUAUUAUCUAAUUUAUAGUGAGAGAGAGAGAGGAUACUUUCCAUAUCGAUAAUUUCAUCUGUCUGUAUUUCCACCCUUCCUGAGGAUUCCAACAAAUAUUGGAGGCUUUGUAAAGAAAACAGCCCAUGCAGAGAUUAUACAAUAUCGCAUUUACAUGAUAUGAUUAUACAAAAGAAAAAGAUGUCUUCGAUGGAAUUAUGAACCAUAUCUUCCUUCCCCCUUAAUACCGAAUAAAUUGACACAUAUCUCACAAUUGAUAAGGAAAUACGAAGUAUUUGUUGACAGGGCAUUUGACUAUUGAGAUAAAUCAUGGUUUAAUUAGUCUGACGUACAAGAUAAUGAUUGAAUCACAACAAUUUUGCGCGCUUCCAUCUAUUUAUUUCAAACACAUAUCAACUCACAGAGAAUUUUCUUAAAUAUAAAUGCAUAAAGUAGUGAAAUUGGUGAGGAAAUGUUUGCAUAAGUUGAUUCUAAAGUCAGUACAUUAGCAGAGUGGUUUCGAUUCUAACAGCAAUGAGAGUUACUCAAUGUGUAAACUUUGGUGUCAAUGUGGAAACUUUCUAAAACAAUGUAAAAGUCAGCUUUAACGAAGCUAAUAAGAAUAUCCACAAAGUCACCACGGAAUUUUGAUCAGUGUGCAACGCUGAGAAAUCCUGAAUUCACUAUUCAUUUAUGGGAAUAAAAGAAAACAUUUUGUUGCAUUGAAUAUUUCUCCAAGGUUUCACAACAACCCAAACGAGCUAAUCAUUGCUGAUGAGAAGCUUUUAGCAAAGUCAAAAGAAAAUGUUCUUUUCAGAGAUGUGUUUGAAAAACUUUAAUCUAUGGAAUUCAACACGAAGACACUUUUGAGAAGCAAACGUUGAAUGCCCCUAAAUUCCAAAACCAAUGCCAUUUAUUUUCAUCUUCACUCCACAAGUCCUCAACUUGUUUAAUUCACACCAUUCAAAAGUUCAUUUCACCUCCUUCUACACUUCAUUUAAUCAAGUCUCAAAUGUGAAUUUUUAAUUAAAUCCGAGUGAUAGAGAGAAGACAAUUCAUCGUGUUGAGUGGAUUUAAUUAGUUAAAUACAAAUACACCAAACAUCAGUUUCAAACAUUAAAUGAACUUAUUGCAAUAUAUAUAAACAAACCCAGAGUUUAAAUUUCUGAAAACCAAUCGAACUUAGUGGCAAAAAAAACUUUACCUAAACGAGAGAUUGAAUUUAGGCUAAAAAAAUUUGUAGUUAAUAGCUUAAAAAUGAUUAAUUUCACUCUUUCAUCUGAAGUGUAAAUAUUAUUUUAUAUCCUAAAAAAGAAAAGUGAAUUGAAUUCGAUUUAGAGGAAUUGAAAGAAUCAUUGCGAAUUUUAAGUGAGUUUAUAUAUAUAUAUAUGAAUAAAGAUAUUGAGGAGAAGUUUUUAGUCAUUAAAUAAUACUGUGCUAUCAAAUCUUGUAUGAUAAGGCAAAAGAAAAAAAUGAGAUACAUAUUGUAAGUACAAGAGGAAUAACUUUGACUCUUACUAAAUGCAUUAA